UCACACUACAUGGAAAAUAUAAGUUUUUUUUUACAUUUUUUCAUAUGUUUGCUUUGCCCACAAAAAGAGAUAAUUACAGCACUUUCCACGCCAGGAUUUAUGAUAGGUGGAUACGUGGAUAGGACUAAAUGAUUGCUCCGGCAGGUAAACACUAAACAUGGACACAGAGGUAACGCCACCCAGGGAAAGGGAACGGGAGAGGGAGACACAGAAGACCCAGCCGAAUCCGAUUGAGUCACUUAGCAAAGAUGAGAUAAUCAACAAAUACAAAGGAUUGCUUAGCAUAGCGAAAAAGGCAAAACAGGCGAAGGAUGAUCUCACUGAGGAAAAUCGUCAACUUAAGGAGGCCCUGAGAAGAGCAGCAGAGAAACAAGCCAGUUUACCGGCCAUGCAAGAGAUGAUUCAGGAUUUUACGGAUAAAAAUUUAAUCUUAACCGAACAGGUUCAAGGUCUCAAACGCCAGACAAAAAAUGAUGCCGAACGUCUAAGCCAUUUGGAGAUUGAAAAUGAAAGCUUGAAAAGACAACUAAAUCGUUUGACAGAAGAGAAUGAUGGUCUGCUGGCGGAUGUUGAACGAAUGGAAUUGGCCAUGCAACAGGUCAAUGCCCUGGGCACUAAGCAACGCAGGAAUUUGGAACUGCUCGAAGAGGACAUAGCUAAAAUCAAAGAAGCGGAAAUAGAGAACAUCAAUUUAAAGCAGGAAUUGUCUGUGACCAAUCAAGAGCUAAAUGAACUUAAAGAGAAAUAUGAAAAGGUUAAGCAACUAAACUCCGAGCAAAGAAAAAAGUUCAAUUCACUAAAGGAUCGUUUUAUCGAGGUGCACCGUAAGUUAAAGAAUUUAAAGGAAUGCAAAUGUGUCCUGUUAGAGACACAGCACGAGUAUGCGGCAUCUGUUAGCAAGUGGCAGGCGGAGAUUAUCAGAGCCUCGCAAUUGCUAUGUGGAAAGAUGCAGGCUCUUCAGGAGGAGAACGAGCAACUGAAAAAUGGUUUGACAAGUGCAAAACAUAACCAAAACUAUGCCAAUGAAAAUAGAAAGGAAACUACAACGAAUAAAGGGGAAAAGGUGGACCAAUUGCGUUUGGAUCGUUGGCUAGGCGUUUUAAAUAGAGCUGAAUCCUUGGUUAAUAAAGUCAGAGAAGACCAUCAGCAACAGCAACAUUCACAUCCCAACUUAAGUGAAGUCCAGGCAAAACUAAAUCGAAUGCAGAGUAUUCUUCAAACAGUAUCUGAGGAACGAAAUCAAGAAUUGCGACAAUAUCAAAACUUGGAAAGCACAUCAAUUGAACUGCGUCAUCAUCAUGAAGAUCUAUUGGCACGUUAUCACUUAAAGGAGCAGGAACACGCCGAACUUCUGGCCGAAAUGCGAGAGCUGAAUGAGGCUCUCAAGGGUCGGGGAGAUAUGAUCUCUCGCCUGCAAGAGCAGGAAUCGCAAACAGCUAAGAGUCACAAGGAACUAGAAGCCAAUAUUGCCCAGUGUCAGCAAUCCCUUCUAGAAAAGUCACAAAAAAUUGAUCAACUCAUAUCGAGAAUCGAUGAGCUAGAACAGGCCAACAAUGCGAUAGAUAACCAGAGUGAAGUUCUCUCCACAUCUACCAUAUCCAGGGCCGAGGAAUUGAGUCGUCUACGAGAAUUGGACGACGGUUACGAGGAUAAGUACAACAAAUUGCGUGCCAUAGCCGCAAAGUUAAAAAAGAAACUUCAAGAGCAAUUGCAAGAGCUUAAGCAAAUGGAAGAUGUCAAGGAGGAGAUAGAAACCAUCAAACUAGCCCAAAGUCAGCUGCAACAGGAUUUAAAUGCCGCCAGGGCUGAGAAUCAGAAACUAAAAUCUAAAGAGAAGCCAAGCAGAAAUUCCAAUGUCUUAAAUCUGGAAAUAGAAGCUGCCGAGAAAUCAUUAGCUGAUGUCAGUGCCAAGCUAAAUGCCAAGAAUCAAGAAUUGGAUCUGGCUAAAGAGUCAUUGGCCAGCAAGGAGAACUCAUUGCAGCAACUACGCAAAGAGAUCACCCUUUUGGAAGAGGCCAAGAACGGCGAAGCUUUACAUUCGAAACAACUCAAAGAGCAAAUUGAUCAUCUCCAAGAGCAGGUCAAGGAUGCAAUACAUGCCAAGCAUUUAGCCAUUACUGAAAACAAGGAAUUGGACUGUAAACUGGAGCAGAUGAAAUUAGAAGUAGAGCAACUAAAUCUACAGCUUGCCGAAAGUCUUCAAAAGAAUGAAGAAAAGUUAAGUAAGAACCAGCAAAUGCUCAACACCAAAACAGAGCAAAUGGAGCUUCAUUUGGAGAAGCUUCAGCAACUGGAAUUGGCAUUGCGAAAAUCAGAGCAGGCACAAGAGGAUAUCCGACUGGAAUACACAGAAUAUAAGGUCAAAGCCCAAGCGGUAUUAAGGAAAAACCAAAACAAGGGCUCGGACAAAGAACAAGAGCUGUACGAAGAGUUGGCCUCGUUAAGGGAGAAAGAGAAGAGUCUACGUGCCAGCAAUGAGGGCAAAGCUGACCGACUGGCCCAAUUCGAGCUACAAGUGGAGACAUUGCAGCAGGACAAUGCCAAUCUACAAAAACGCAGCAAGGACUUCCUGAAACUAGUAGAGGAACUACGUCAGCAAAACGAUAUACUCACUAUAGAGAACCAAAGUCAAUUGAAAUUCCAACAGGAGCUAAUGCAACAACAUAGGCAACAAAUGGAAGAAUCGGAGGCAGCUCACCGUCUUGAGAAAAAGCAAAUUCUUGAAUUACACUCAAAGCAGGAGGAGCUUAUUAAGCAAGUUACAGCUCCUACACAGGAUAGACCGCCGCCAUUGAGAUCGGCAGAAGGACAGGAAUCUUUACCCUCUAGUCUAGAGCAAAGUAAAAUCGAUUAUCUUCUUAACGAUCACAUGGAAAAUUCCAAUGCCACUGUCACUGAGAGCUCUUUGGCCCAACUGGCUGCUCAGCGUAAAAUAUCCACUGCCUCGUCUCGACGAUCCCAUGAUUUUAUGCCACUAGACGAGCUUCUCAAUACGUCCAUUAAUCAAAUCACUAGCGAUACUGUGACCACCAUAUCAAAUUUUGGUCGCAGCGUCAGCAUGCAGAAUGAUGAUGAGGAUAGCGCCGCAGCGGAUUAUGCAGCCGCACAAUUAUUGGCCACCAAGGAGCGCCUUUCCAUACAAGAGAGCCGCGUUAGACAUUUAACUUCGCUACUGGCAGAAAAUGAACAGGAUUUGGCCAAACUAACACAAAUGAAUGACAUGCUGAAGGAGGAACUGCGUCGCCAAGAGCGUUCGGAAGAACGUGAACAACAUAUGCACAAUUCGGAAUACUUGAAGAACGUCUUUCUCAAGUUCCUCACACUUAACAAUACGGAUGAAAGGCAACGCUUGAUCCCGGUACUUAAUACAAUUUUACGUCUGAGUCGCAACGAAAUUGAAAUGCUUAACUGUGUUGCCAAGGGCCAAAGGGUUUCAACUGAUGGUAACAAUCGUAGCUGGACGGGAUUCCUAACAGCCUGGAGCGGCGGCGGUGGUGGCAAUAACAACAACAACAGUAAUUAGCUCUACUUAUAAUUGUGUAUGCGUAUUAUGUUAACGAUUCAAAAAAAACAUUUACGGGUCUAUUUCAUUA